AACGGUAUUGCCAUUACCAUUUAUGAAAAUAUAUUUUACAUACUGUAAACUAUUUAUAUUAUGGUUUUUUACUUAACAUCUCACCUAAUCUCACAUGAAUUCACUGAUGAGUAAAUAAUAAUGUAAAUAUUAUAGUAUGAAAAUUAGAAAUCCUUCAAUUAGUCCAAAAAUACUGGUAUCUUGAACUGGACACUAAUAAGUACCCGCACAUUUAAAAUUCGUUAGCAGGUAGUGGUGGUCAUAACUACCUGGGGGCUGGACUAGUUUUUAGGGGUUGAACUUAGAGUAUGGAGGGGUAGCUGUCAGGAAGACGUUGUCAUAAUUUCAUUUUAGUUUAGUACUAACAACUUUGAAGAGCAGAACAAGUGUUUGAGAAACGUCAAGUUGGUAAAAGUAAAUAGUUGCUGUUUUGUCAUCAUGGAUAAUAAAAAUUUCUUGAUCUAUUUAAGUAUACUUAGCUUGUACUGUUUUAAGUGUUGUGUGAGCCGAGAUAGAGUGAGAUAUGUUGCUGAUGCUUUCGAUUACCAUACUAUCGAACAAGAAAUAUUAAGGCUCAUGGGAUUUCCCGAAAUAUCAGACUCUCAGUCGAAGGCACCAGUGCGUAAAAGAUCUGCGCCAGAUUUUAUGCUUGAAAUUUAUAAUGAUCAAACAUCUAAGAAUCAAUUUAAUGUCUCGGAUAUAAAUCGUCGAAUGACAGCAAAAAGUGAUGUAAUUAUCAGUUUUAUGGCUGAACAGCCCCAUAGUGACGGAGAAAAACCGGAAAGAGUCAGAAGGAUGUGGUUCGAUGUCUCAGGAAUAGCAAAAGAGAAUGAUUUUUUGUAUGGAGAAUUGAGACUCUACAGAUCAAUUGAAGGAUUAAGGAGAAAACAUCUUCGUCCACACAAAAUUGUUGUAGACAAAGUCUAUCGUGAUAAAUUUCACGAAAAACAAUUUGAAGAAAUUGCCUCAGUUGUAAUAACAGCCAAUUUUGAAGGCUGGAUUACAUUAAAUAUUACAAGUGCUUUUCGUCGUUGGUUGGAGCAUCCACGUGAAAAUCGCGGUAUACGUGUUCUUACGUUUCCUACUGAACGUGAAAACAAAAGGGUGAAGGCUGAAAAUAUGGGGAUUGUUGGUUUCGAUGGUGCGGAGGAGGAACAACCAUUUAUUACAGGAUAUUUUAAAAACAUAAAUAAUAAUAAGAUUCGGAUGAAAAUAAAAGAUAUUAUUUACAGAAAUAAAAGAUUGAAAAGAUCAGCACCGUUGUCAGUUGAUACUUUUACUCAUCGGCAGCUAAAUCGACCAGUAUCUACAUACGUUGGUGAAUGUGAACGUAGAAAUUAUCAUGUGAAUUUCAAAGAUAUUAAAUGGCAUGAAUGGAUUAUUGCUCCAGAAGGAUAUGAUAUGUACUUUUGUGAUGGUAAAUGUACCUUUCCUUUAACGACGACAGCAAAUGCCACUAACUAUGCAGUUACUUUAUCAUUGUAUCAUAAAAUUCAUCCUGACAAAGUACCUGAACCUUGUUGUGUUGCAACAAAACUGUCACCUAUUCAAUUACUUUAUUUCGAAAAUGAAAAUAGGGUAGUUUACAAAAAGUACACAAGUAUGGUUGUUGAUGGAUGUGGUUGUCGUUAAUAGUUUUAUGAUGUUUAUAAACUUAUUUAUUAA